AAAUAUUAUUCAAUAAUUAACCCUAUAAAUACCUUAGUAAUUCAUCUGUUAGAUAUGACUUCAUUAUGUUGACUAAAUUCAUAUUGAUUUUUGUAUCUGUUUUCAUAGGGAUUGUGACAUUUGACAGUUGUCAAGGUCAAAGAGAUGCACCGAGGUAUUUCCAUAACACCAACACUACUAUUAAACACCCAACUACUCAUGUCAUGCAAAAGGAGACUCACCACACCGCAACAACAGCAGCGGCAGCAGCAAAAACAACUGCAAGGCAUUACCAUGUGACCUCAACUCCAAGAUAUUACACUACGCCGCGAACUGCACUACACACUGCUCAUCCCACACGAAAAACGACUCACCACACCGCACCAACAGCAGCGGCAGCAGCAAAAACAACUGCAAGGCAUUACCAUGUGACCUCAACUCCAAGUCACACUACUAAAGCCAUACAAAAGAAAUGUUUAAAGAAAAUGAAACCAAACGAAUUCUUUUCAUUCAUUCUAUUAGAGGAAAUCAACAAGGGAAAACAACAUGCCGUCCAGUGCUUCCAGGUUUUCCAUGGUGGUCUAGCUUCAAUUGACUCAUGGUUUCAAUCUGUGUAAUUUGAAAAAAGCCUAAAACGUUUUACGUUAUAAGUAUAGAUGUAAUCUGUAUCAAUCUUUGGUUUACGCAAUCGUAGUAUUCACCUUGAAUUAUGUAAAAUUACUGAAGGGGAUAUUCCAUCACUCAAUAUGAUGACAAUCUAUAAUAACUUUUAUUUUUAUUGUUAGACGAUUGGAUUUAAUUCUACUCAUUUCUGAACCUUCGUAUGAAUGUAUAGAUAUCUUCAGUCAUUUGUAUCGAUUGUUUGAAUCUUCAAAAUGAUGUUUAAGACUAUCAUUUAUCAGUUUCUUUUUGGUAUAUGUUCAUCUUAUGCGGAUUGCCUCGAUAUUGUCAUUCUGUCAGGAGUAUUAAAAACAGAAAUAAGUGGUGGCUAGCAGUAGAAUUUACGAAGCGAGUUUUGUACUGUUUCGAAUUCGUCAGCUAGAUGUACAUGCAUUAAACUAUUUAAGCUUAGACACCAAUAAAUAACUUUGGUUUUGUUAUAUUCCAUCAGAUUAAAUAGAUUUCUCCACAGCAUCAACUUUGAAAAACAGCAGCUUUUUUACAUUCAGUUAGAAAAGCUUCCUGUUUGAUGAGAUUAUACAGUGACUCAGAUGAGAACUUUUGUCCCGAAUAAUUGUUAAAACCAACGCGGAGCUUAUAUCCAUGGCAUAUAACCGAUAGUCAACAAUCUCUUAAUAUCAGUUGAAGUGAACCGAAAUAUGAAGUCAUUCAGUCUAAUGGACACAUCUCAAAUCCGUCGGUGGUGAUUGAGUGACCUUCAUAUUGUUAAUUAAUAACGCCACAUUAUUUAUUUAUUAGUGGUCAAACAGCGUAGAAACAAUUUCAAAUGAUUAUUGUUUAAUUAUCAUAUUGUGGGAGAGGAUAAACCAGCUUCCAGUUGAAGAGGAAAUUAGGAAAAGAUGUUGGAAGUGAAUAGGAUAUACAUUGAAGAAAUCAUUAAACUGCAUCACGAGGCAAAUGCUAACUUGGACUCCUGAAGAGUAGCGGAGAAGAGGAAGGCAGAAGAACACACUACUUUGGGAAAUAGAAGCAAACAUGACAAAGAUAAAUAGCAACUGGAAAACAUUGUCCAGAACAGGGUUGGAUGGAGAAUGAUGGUGGACAGCCUAUGCUCCUCUAUGAGGGGUAACAGGCGUAAGUAAUCGUAUGAAAAAUUCAUUUUAGUAAAAUAUUCAAACUUUUAUUACAUUUCAGUUUGAUGAACUUAAUAUUUGGCUUGAUUCCUCGAAUUUCGUAGUCGGUUUGAGGGUAACGGUCGAGUGGGUUGAUUAGCCCGAUCUCUACUACCCGGGUUACCACUCACGUUAGUUCUUCGGUCAUCCGUCCCACUAUCCAGGAGGCAUGACGCAGACGUGUGAGCCGGAUUCUGCCUUCCAAAAUUGAAAUGACAGAAAUGUAAGGUAACUGAUAGUCUCGUUAUUAAAUACAAUAUUUAUGAGAUGUGAUGUAUGUUUAUGUAUUUACUUUAGAAAAACAAUUGAAUUCGCAGAAAACGAAAAUCUUCAAAAGCUUGCAGAACUUUUUGAGGAAUUAUUCAAACAUUAAAUGAAUGUAAAACACUCUUUUUUAACGAAAAUACCAGUUAAAGCGAAAUUUUAUUAACACACUAUCAAUUCAUCGUUCAAUAAUUUGUUUUUGAUAAUGCUAAUAAAUACAUAAUGAUAAUAAUAAUUCA